UCUUAUACCUCGUCUAUGGUAUAAUUUUCAGCGGAUAAUAAACAUGACUAUAAAAUAUUAAGCGUUAUAAUAUUUUCUAUAAUUAAUUAUAGUAGCUUUAAAUAUCAUUUUAUAAUUCAACAUCCACUACUUUUAUUGUGAAACUGUUUAUUUGAUUAACAAACUUGGUAAACGUUAAAUGAAGUAACUGUUUUAUUACUUUUAAUAUGAUGACUUGAUUUUUUCAUAAAAUUAUGAAUUACCCAACACUCGUUAGUAAAUUGUGUACUCCAAAAAUAUUGUGGUAUCAAACGGAUAAUACGGUUAUUGUACGGAUAUUAUUACAAGAUGUCGAUAAGUAUUUCUUACACGUCGAAUGUGAUCAUUUAUUAUUUAGCACUACCGUAAAUGAAAAAGAUUAUUAUGUUGCUUUAUACACAUUUGGAGCAGUAGUAGCGGAAAAAACGACGCAUAGAAACCUAGGAAGAGAGAUAAAAAUUACACUAGUAAAGGGACACAAAUGGACAGAGUGGUUAAGGCUACACAUUGAAAAAGAGAAGAAUCCUUUAAUUGUAAGAGAUGCAGAUCACUUGUAUAAAACUGAUUGGUCUCGGUUUCCUGUAAGAAUAGAAGGGGAAAGUUUCUCAGAAUACAAACGUCGAAAUAAUAUAUCACAAAUUAUGCCAGACGUGCCAUCUACUGAUGAGGAAGAAUCUGAUGACGAAGCAAUGGAUAUGAUAUUUUCUUAUUAGUUUAUGUUAAUGUUGUAUCUAUAAAAUUUAUAUAUUUACAGCAUUUUCUUAAACAGAUUGUAUUAUUUAAAGGAAAAUUCUUUAUUGAAAAUAAUGUGCAUACAAAUUGUUUCUGAUAAACUAUGAAGUCAUCCAAACAAUAUUUAAUGAAAAAUAGAAUAAUAUAUAUUCUAUAGAAUUU